AUGUCGGCCCUCGAGGCGGAAUUAUGGGCGUGGUACGCCGUCACAGCCCUCGUGGUAGCGGCCCGAAUUAUAUCCCGACGGAUGCUCCACGGUUCCUUCUUCAAGUUACAAAUCGACGACUUUAUUAUGAUUCUGUCCUUUAUCUCCCUCACUGUCGUCACUGUCGGUGUUAGGAUUUUGACUUAUACCCCAACCAACUUGAUCAAGGAUGUGAGCAAGGUCGACCUUACCGAGGAGAAUAUUGCACUCAGAGUGUAUGGCUCGAAGAUCGUUAUAGUCGUGGAGCAAAUGCAGAUAUUCCUAAUCUGGAGUGUCAAAGUGUGCUUGCUCAUCAUGUACAGCCGCUUGACGACGAGUUUAAAGCAACACUUGUUCGUCAAGAUCACGGCGGGGUAUACGGCCCUGAGUUUCGUAGUGAUGGAGAUCCUCUUCUUCGCUGCGUGGUGCCGACCAUUCUGGCAUUAUUGGCAGGUGCCUACAGAUAAUAUCAACUGUUCAAUGGAGAGAGACCAUCUCAUUACCAAUACAGUAUUCAACAUUUCUUCUGAUCUCAUGAUCCUGGCACUGCCGAUGCCUGUUUUCCUAAAAGCCCAAUUACCACCAAAGCGAAAAGCCAUCCUAGUCGGCGUCUUCCUUCUAGGACUAUUCACGAUCCUGUCCGCACUCCUUAGCAAAGCAUACAGUUUCGGAGAUCCAUUCGGCACAGACUGGAUCGUAUGGUAUAUUCGCGAAGCCAAUACGGCAAUCAUCGUGGCAAACCUGCCGUUUACGUGGACCCUUCUCCAGCGCAUGUUCAAGCUCAGAUCGUUCCACGCAAAAUCAACGGCAGAGACGCCCGCAAUCACCUCGAGAUUCCGAUCCGCAUACGGAAAUCUGGCCAGUAUGGCAAGCCGACCACGGACACAAAAGGGAAUGGGGGAUUUGGACCUCAGUGCCACGGAGAGUCAGGAGGGAAUCAACAGCAUACCACUCAAGAUCUACCAGCAAAACGAGGUCCACGUCACGACGGAGGAGUUGAACACAAAGAGUGGGCAGAGCACACCUCCAGAAGGUCUGCCUCCUGCAACUCAUGUCAACCAUGUGAAUUUCAACAUUGGUGCAAACCAGGAACGUCUCUCGGACGACAAGUCAUCGACGGGAGAGGUAGACAUGGGUACUGUAACAACUGUGGGCCGUGGAAUAUAG